ACAGGCGGGACUGAGGACCCGGAGAGCUGGAGGAAGGAGGGCUUGUGCGGGGCUGGGCUGGGCUCCGCCCGUUGGCUUACUCGCUUCCUACCCGGCUGCGGAGCGCUGUUGCGGACGAUGAAGAAGCUAUACAUUGGCAACCUGAGCCCGGCCGUGACUGCCGAGGAGCUCCGGCAGCUCUUCGGGGACAGGAAGUUGCCACUCACCGGGCAGGUCCUGCUCAAGUCCGGCUACGCUUUCGUGGACUACCCGGACCAGAACUGGGCCAUCCGCGCCAUCGAAACUCUCUCCGGUAAAGCAGAGUUGCAUGGCAAAGUCAUGGAAGUGGAUUAUUCAGUCCCCAAAAAAUUAAGUAUACUAAUUGAUCUUGCUUUGUGGACUCUUUCUUCACAGAAGCAGGAAGAUUCAAUCCGGAAUAUUCCUCCACAUUUACAGUGGGAGGUGCUAGAUGGUCUUUUAGCGCAACAUGGGACAGUAGAGAAUGUAGACAAGUUGGUUACCACACAAGUAUAUUUCUUUUGUUUUGGUUUCUUAGUUAACACAGAAUCAGAGACAGCAGUUGUCAACGUUACAUAUGCAACAAAAGAAGAAGCAAAAGUAGCAAUUGAGAAACUUAGUGGUCACCAGUUUGAGAACUAUUCCUUCAAGAUUUCCUACAUCCCAGAUGACGAGGUCAACUCCCCUCAGCCCCCCCAGAGAUCCCGCCGUGGAGGCCACUCUUCCAGGGAGCAGGGCCCCUCCUCUGGGGGCUCCUCGCAGUCCAAACAGCAUGAUUUCCCACUACGGAUCCUGGUCCCCACGCAAUUUGUUGGUGCAAUCAUAGGAAAGGAGGGCUUGACCAUAAAGAACCUUACUAAGCAAACCCAGUCCAAGGUAGACAUCCAUCGGAAAGAAAAUGCUGGUGCUGCCGAGAAACCAAUAACCAUUCAUGCCACCCCUGAAGGGUGUUCAGAAGCAUGUCGCAUGAUACUUGAUAUUAUGCAGAAGGAGGCUGAAGAAACAAAAUCGGCUGAAGAGAUUCCUUUGAAAAUCUUAGCACACAACAGCUUGGUUGGAAGAUUGAUUGGCAAAGAAGGAAGAAACUUGAAGAAAAUUGAGCAAGAUACGGGGACCAAAAUCACUAUUUCUCCUUUGCAGGAUUUAACCAUUUAUAACCCUGAAAGAACCAUCACUGUGAAGGGUACCAUUGAGGCCUGUACCAAUGCUGAAGUAGAGAUAAUGAACAAACUGCGGGAAGCCUAUGAGAAUGACGUGGUAGCAAUCAAUCAACAAGCCAAUCUCAUCCCUGGACUUAAUCUCAAUGCAUUGGGCAUCUUCUCAACAGGUUUAUCCAUGCUUCCCUCAGGAGCUGCAGCCCGUAGACCUGCUAUUACUUCUCCCUACAACCCUUUUGCUUUGCCAGAGCAAGAAGUGGUGAAUUUGUUCAUCCCAACACAGGCAGUAGGUGCCAUUAUUGGAAAAAAGGGCCAACACAUUAAGCAGCUAGCAAGAUUUGCAGGUGCUUCAAUCAAGAUUGCACCAGCUGAGAGUCCAGAUGCCAGUGAGAGGAUGGUUAUAAUUACAGGGGCCCCAGAAGCACAAUUCAAGGCCCAAGGACGGAUAUUUGGAAAACUGAAAGAAGAAAACUUUUUCAAUCCAAAAGAGGAAGUGAAGCUUGAAGCUCACAUCAAGGUGCCUUCUUCUGCAGCAGGUCGAGUGAUAGGAAAAGGUGGCAAAACGGUGAAUGAACUACAGAAUUUAACUAGUGCAGAAGUAAUUGUACCACGUGACCAAACUCCUGAUGAAAACGAGGAAGUUGUUGUCAAAAUAAUUGGUCACUUCUUUGCCAGUCAGACUGCUCAGCGCAAGAUCAGGGAAAUUGUCCAGCAAGUGAAACAGCAGGAACAGAAACAUCCACAAGGCACCCCGGCCUCGCAGCGCAGCAAAUGAGUCUGCAGGGUGCUGGCCAGCAACAACUGAUGAAUGUAGCCCUUCCAACACAUGAUAGAAUCACCGGACCAGGGAGCAAACCAAAGACUAUCUGACGGCAUCCAAGUCUGCCCAAGAGGCUGGGGCUCUACAGAGGACAUCCAGUACCCAGGGAGUGGGAAGGGAUGGGCUUCAGCCAGCAGGAACUGCCUCUCUCACCCCAUAGUCUCAUGGAGUCUCUCUAACAGUACAACGCUAUCCCUUUAGUUGGACUAACAUAGGCAGAAAUUUUGCAAAAAUUGUCUGUACAUGUAUGUACAUACUAGGAAAGCAUUUUUUUUUUUACACAGUGCAUGAGCUGCUGCACCAGAUAGCAUUAAUAUAUUUUAGAAUUAAUCUAGCUAACUAACUCCAGUCUUUAAUUUUUUAACAAUUAAAUUUUUUUUUUUAGAAAAAGCCAGCUUUUCUAGACUAAAAUUAAAAGGCUAGUCCGUUAUGGAUUACUUUAACAGAAAGUAGGAUGGGGAUGUAGGAUAGCCAGAACAAAAUUGAACGAGACUCAAAGGUGAACAAUACUUUGAAGGACUUCAGGAUGAUUAAUGGUAGCAGCACAUCAUCAUAGAUUGCCUGUUAAGUGCCAACAGAAGGGAUACCGUCUUGUUAGCAGAGGAAUCUCUAUGCAUUUCUUUCUCCAGCUCAUGUGAUCUUCUCUUUGCUUCACAGAUCUCAAACUGGUUUUUGCAUACAGUCUCUCAUUUUGUACCAGGGUGCAAUCCUCCAAGUACAUGCACAUGUGUACGUGUGUAUAUAUAUAUAUAUGUAUACACACAUACACAGUGUAUGUGUGUAUGUGUUGUAUAUAUACAUAGACACACACAAAAUGCCAAGCUUUAUAUCAGUUUCCUGAAAGGGUGGGGGAGGGGAAAACUUUGACCCUGCUUACAGGAAAACAGAGCACACUUGGUACUUUUGCAUGCAGAAUGCUGCCACCUAUACUUUGGGAAAUGGAUUUUUAAAAUGGGAUUAACAAGAGGGUGUUGGCCCAGGGCAUGAAAAUUGCAACUUUUUUCAAAAAAAAAAAAAGAAACAAACUACCUCAGGUGUUUUCAUACCUCAGCACCUUGCUCUUGUGUGUCCCUUUUUGAGAUUUUGUAUGCCUUGUAAAACUGAGAGUUGGAGCAUUUUUUUAUUUUUUUAAUAAAACUGAGUUGGAAAUAAAUUUAGACAAAAGACAGCUGCCAGGUGGAAGAAAACAUCAUUCUGUAUGAUGAUUAUUCUGUAUUAUUCUUCUGCUAGAUGUGAGUCAAUAACCUUCAAACAUAGUAAUAAUAAAAAAAAUAGACGUGCAAGAGACACUGGAGCAGAACUCCUGAGUUUGACAGGUUAAACACACUAUUAAGAGUUUUUCUGUGCUAACAGAUGGAUGUUAUGCUGGUUCUGUGAACAUGCCAUUGUACCAUUAGAUUGAAACACCAGUUUUCUCUACUUUAAAAGAGUGUUCUGUGGAAAAGCAAACAAAAAAACCAAAAUACAUCCAGCUAACAAGA